GAGGGACUCGCAUUUAGACUGGUGCAAACGACGGAACCAAAUUAGCGGGAAAUGGGCACGGGAUUCCGUAACGUAGCUCAUAGCUCGUCCUAACGAGAAGGUAUCUCUGAACUUUCUCAGCGUUCAGUUAUUCCAUAUUGUGUUUUCUUGUUUACUCAUAUGAAUUCGCCUGUAGAUAUCGUGUAUUUUGUACCUAAGUCUGACUUCUCAUUCACAUCUCCCCUCACAUGUUCUAUGGAGUGAACACUUAUUCUGUGUGUAAUGACAUUUUUUCUCGUAAACGAUUUUGUAGCUCUGGUGUUUUGUGAAGACAUACUUGUAAUGUUGAUUCGUAGGCCCGACUGUAGCUUCACUCUCCCAUGACGUGACCAGCAACGAACUAAGCGCGAGGCAGAAUGCAGCACAUCAAACCCUCGGGGAAGGGUGACCCUCUGUGUCCUCUUGGAUUCCACCCUCAAGUCCGAUGGCCCACCAGGUGUAAACGAUGUUUCAGGGACUACAAGGAGCAUGGGAACCGGAACAAAGACAACGAUGUUUCUCUAAGGAGAGACGAGACCACAGUGUCGUCUCCAAGCCUGUCAUCUUGGUCAUCAAACAGGAAUAGAGACGACAGUCGUAGCUCGGACAGUUUCGGCUCCCGUACCUGGACCAGCAGUUCCAACCUCAAUCUCAGCUCCUCAGACCUCUCCACCACUGCCACCACCAAGAAGUCCACCACAGAGGAUAUCCCCUCUAGCAGAUUCAGUUCAGCCGCAUCGUCAUGGACGUCAUCCCCAAACCUGGCCAACUUGAAGGACGACACUCCGACGGUGAGCUUCACUCUGCCUCGCAGGCGGCCAUCCGUGGAGAGCGGCCAGGAUGACCCAGAAGAAUUAGAAGACUUAAUAAAUGACUACAGAAGGACGCAGUACACGGUGAGACGGCGGACCAGUGGCUCCAGUCUAACACCCGCCAGCAGUCCGACUACGGAGGCUCCAUCUCGCUCCUUCUCACGGUCCUCCUCCACACGCGAAUCCCCCAGCAGCCGGGCCUCCCCUUCACCUUCCAUCCCACCCCCUACCACCACCACUUCCAGUGAGCGAUUGAGAACCUCCCCGUCUCCAAUAUCUGACAGAUUCCGUACAUCUCCAUCUCCUGCACCUGAGAAGACAAAGACAUACACUUCUUCCUCAACUGCGGAAAGACCCAAGACACUGCCUACCUCAACGACACAUUCUAACUCUUCAGAUGUUGAGUUUUUAUUCAAGAUAAAGUCAUCUAAACCUCCAAUACCUCCAAAGAAACCUUCUCAGGUCACCAAAAGCAGUGCAAGUUCUUCCUCAGAAAGUGAUGACGAAGACGAUGUCAGUACAGCUGGUACAGAGACCACCGAUACAACCAUAGUCAAUGAUAAUGAACUGCAGGAGCAAGUGGAAACGCUAAAGAGAGAACUGGACAUGAUGAAGGCUCGGUGUGAACGAGUAGAGAGGGAGAAAAGCGACAUAUUACUCCGCAGACUCGCUUCCUUGGAAACAACAACCAGCAAGACAACAGCAUCUGAGGUUUUAAAAUUGCAACAAAAGGUGAAUGAACUUCAGUCAACAGUUGAAGACCUAAGGGACGACAAGAAAAGUUUAUCGUUGAAAGUACGAGAGUUGGAAACUGAUCUGGAGAAGACAAAAGACAUUACGGUUGUGGAGAAGGAGGCUGAUGCUCUGAGAGCGAAACUCCAUGCUGCUGAGACAUUGUGUGAGGAGCUUAUGGAUGAAAACGAGGACAUGAAGAAGGAGCUGAGAGAUCUGGAAGAGGAAAUGGAUGAGAUGCAAGACAAUUUCAGGGAGGAGCAAGCGGAUGAAUAUACAACACUGAAGAAAGAGCUGGAGCAAACUGCGAAAAACUGCAGGAUUUUGUCCUUCAAACUUCGUAAGGCUGAGAGAAAAACUGAAACCUUGGAGGCAGAGAAACUUGAAGCUGAGAAAAAGUGUAGAGAGCUCGCUGGAGGACAGGCAGGACUGGACAAGGCUGAGAGGAUCCGACACUUGGAGCAGGAGUUGUCAGUUGCUAACGAGGUGUCAAAGAGACUUCAAGCAGAAUUAGAGGAGACCAAAGGGAAACUUAAAUCUUCCAACGGGUCUACCGAGAAACCAGCUACCAAGAAAAAAGCUCCAAUGUUGAGUGCUAUAGGAAAGUCUUCUUCUGGAGAGAAAAUGUCUCGGGAAUCCCUGACCAGAGGAGGAUCUCAGGAGGACCCAGUCCAGCUCCUCCGGGAUCUGCAAGACUCCAUGGAGAGAGAGGCAGACCUACGGGAACAGCUGAGGUUUGCUGAAGAAGAGGCUCAAAAUUUGCGCAAGAAAGCAUCGAGAGUGGAAGACGAUAACGAAUCGUUGGUUUUGCAGCUCAAGAAAAUGGCUACCAAGGCCAGAAGCAGAAAGGCAAGUCCCACUCCAUCGCGGCUAACUCCUGAGCCUCCUGUAGAGAAGGAUGAAGGCAUAUCAGAUGAAGAAGACCCAGCCGAACUGAGAUUGCUUUUGGAAUUGAAUGAGCAGGAAGCUGCUGUGCUGCGCCGCAAAGUGGAAGAACUGGAGGGUGAAGAAGAGAUGUUGAAGAGGAAAGUACGAGAACUUCAAGAGAAACUAUCGGCAAAAACAAGUUCGGCUAGCAGUAAAGUGUUACUCAAAGAGACAGAACCUACAAAGUCAAAUGCAAUCUAUGAAAAGAAGAUUACGGUUUUGGAAGAAGAAAUGAAUGACUUGCGUAAGAAGUUACUUGAAAAGGAGAGAGAAUGUGAAAGACUGAAUACUGAAUUAACUCUAACUCAAAAGAAACCUAAAAUUCUUCAAAAAACCAAGUCUCUGGAUGCUGAUCAACAAGCUCUGGACCUGAAGAGGCAGCUGCAAGUGGUGGAACAAGAGGCGAGCGUGCUGAGGACCCGGAACAACACGUUGGAAUCUGACAAUGAGAAGUUGAUGUCGGAGAACAAACGUCUUCUUCUCUCCCAGAGCAAGAAGGCACCACAAGACAAGAUGGCAUCUCUUGAAACUAAAGUCCGUAUUAUUGAGCUUGAGAAGAAGUUAGAGCAAGCCAACAAAACGUUGGCAGAAAAAGAAGAAGAACUUAAAAGCAAAACAAGUACGGAUGUGAAAUUGCCAGAAAAAGCAAGUUCGUUAUCAAUAACUGAAAUUGAAAAACUUAAAAAAGACCUGUCAAAGGCUGAGCUAGAGAACAACAAGCUGAACGAUGCUCUAAGGCGGUUGAAGGAGGAGGCAGUCACUGACGUAAUCAAGUUUUAUAAAGAGAGAACACCGAAGAAGCCAACAGACCUGACCACCAAACUCCAGAUGAAAAAGAUGGUUGAUGAUUUAGAGAGUGAAAUUGGUGAAAUCUUGACUGCAUUUAAAAAGUGUGAUGAGGAGCGUAAGAAGUCUGCCAAUGGCAGUGUGCAGAACAAUGACCUGAGUAAGUAUAAGAAGGAAAUCCAAGACUUGAAGAGCAAACUUGAUCAAACUGAACGAGAGAAGAAAAAUUAUCAUGAGGAAAAAGAAAAAUUAGAAAAGUUAUAUAAAUCUGCAGAAGAAGAUAAGAAACGGUUAGAUGGGGAAGUAACUAAAAUAUCAAGCAAAACAGAACUUGAGAAGAAAGCAUUAAGAGAUGCCAAAGUUAAACUUGAGAAGGAAAAGUCUGAAUUGGAAUCUAAAUUGGACAAAUUAUUGAAGGAGAAAAGUGAAAAUAGUGCUGCUAAAGAUGAGAUAAACAAGCUGAACAAACAAAUAGAAAAGCUAACACAGGAACUGAAGGAUGAGAAAGCCAACACUGAACAAUUGAAGAGCCAACUGGACACAGCCAAGUCUGUGGAGAAAGAGCAUACCAAACUAUCCAAAGAGUCUGGAGAUAAAACAAAGAAGAUAAUAGAUUUAGAAAAGAAAAUAAAAGAAACCGACGAUAAGCUGAAAAAAUCAGAAAAGCUACUGGUCCUCAAGAAAGAAAAAGUAACAAAACUUACCAAAGAGUUGGAAGACUUAAAGAAAACAAAGGCUGAAGAAAUGGAAACAGCAAAUAAUGAAAAAGAAGCACUGAAGACUGAUGUCAAUAAUAGGCUUGAAGAUAAAAUAAAACAACUGCAAGAUGACGUCAACAACAAAAAUAGUCUUAUAGAAACAUUGGAAGGAAACCUGCGGCGAGAGAGGGAGGAGCGCGCGACGGACGCGACAGUGAAGGCAGGCUCUGCGGCUAGCAGGGAAAUCAGUCAAUUACGGGAAGAGCUCACCAAGGCCAAAGCUUCUGUCCAAGAGCUCACUGGCAAAAUCAGCAAGAUGGAAAGUGAAAAGCAUGACUUUGAGAAAUUAGUAAAGGAAACAGAGUGCAAGUUAGAAAAGGAAGCUAAACUGUGGGAGUCCAAGGCUUCAGAUCUUGAAAUGGAACAACAGACUUUGAAGAAGGCAAAUGAAAAACUGAAAGCAUCUCAUGAGAAGGAAAUAAAGUCAAAAGACGAAGAAAUAGCCAGCAUGAAAACCAAAUCUCUCCAGGCAGGUGGAAAGAAAGUGGCAGAAGUCAAACAAGAAUAUCAGGCAAAGAUUGAUAAGUUGGAGGUGGCUUUAGCAAGUGAAAAACGAGAAUAUGAUGACCUAACCUCCAAAUAUGAACAGUUGGAGGAAGAACAUGUUGUGAUGAAAUCCAAGCUUGUCAUGGAGAAAGAAAGUGUUCAAGCUGAGCUGGUGAAGAGUCAACAGGAGUUAGCAGCACUAAAGGAUGACCUUGACACUGCCCAUAGCCAGUCUGAUAAGCAGGAAAAGUCAUGGAGUAAGGAGAAAAGAGACUUGGAGGAAAAGAUAAAAACUCUUGAAAGGAAGCUCAAAAACAACAGUGAUUCUGCGGAUACUUGGGUAUUGGAGAAAACUCGUUUGAACGCCAUAGCAGAAGAGAAAAGCUCAAUAAUAGAACAACUGAAGAAAGAACAACAGAGUCAGUUGGAACAAAUAGAUCACAUGCGCAAGGAGAUUGAAGAUUACCGGAAGCAGAUGGAAGAUUAUGAAAAGCUCACAAACCUCCAAAGAAGCAUGACUACAGAACAGGCUGGAAAGGAUCGUGAAAUCAAGGAACUUAAAAAUAAACUCCAAGCAGAGGAAAAGAGCCGCAAAGUGGAAGUUUCAGAACUGAAGAUGCGCUAUGACAACCGAGUGUCCGUGAUCUCUGACGAGUUGACAGCAGCACAGGGACAAGUGUCUCGGUUCAAGCGAGAGAGGGACACGUUCAAGCACAUGCUGGAGGGGGCUCAGAAGACCAUUGGUGAUCUCAAAGCCUCUGGAGCUUCCGCCAGGAGCAGCCUGUCCUUGGACGAUUCCGAGGAACUACGUGGACAGAUAACAGCGCUGGAGCAGCAGAUCAGCUGUAUGGAGGACGAGCUCUCAGAGUCCAGGCUGGAGGGUUCUAGGCUCAAGACAGAGCUGCUGUCCGAGCGCUCAGCCUGGGAGAUCAAGAUGUCGGAAAUGACAUCCAAGCUGAAUGAAAUGGAGGAAGACAGGAUACUGAGUGGUAGAACCAAGAUAGCCGGCCUGAAGUCACGUCUUGAGCUAGCUUGGCAGAAGGAGAGAGAGGACCAGCACCGGCUUCUCCAGGAAACAUCGACCUUGGCUCGUGACCUCAGGCAGACUCUGUUUGAGGUUGAAAGAGAAAGGGACAAAGAACGUCUGGAGUCCAAACGUAAACUUGAGCAGCUGAAGAAGACUGUUGAAGAGGAACAAGAGGAAAAUAAAAAGAAACUGAAUGAGGUGCAAAACGACCUGUUAGAAUUACGAGAUGCCCAUGCCAAGCUGAGGACAACCAAUGAGAAGCUAAGAAGAGACAAAGACAGGUUUGAAAAGGAGAGAGAAUCUCUUAAGUCGAUGUCAACUGCAAGACGUAAAGCAGAGCUGGAUGAGGAUCGUAAGAUAAAUUCACUUCUACAACUGGUUGAUGAACUGAUGAAUCUGGCCCCAGAUUUGUUCCCCAAUAGAGGAGAACCUCCCACUUCCAAUGUAGCUAUGCCAACCCCUCCAGUUCGCAGAAAGGGUUCUAAAUCGAGGAGAGAAACAUCACUAUGGUUGAAAGACGGAUUUCAUGUUUCGUCCACAGAAGCCUCCCAGCUGUACAUAAGCAAAUCAGAGCAGAUCCAGGUGACCUUGCAGAGGCUGACUGAAGCAACCCAGGAACUUGCAGAAGCCAGAAGGCAUCGCAGGAGGGAGGAGAGAGACAGAGAAAGAGCUAGAAGGGCUUUUGCUGCAAGAAGGUAUGAAUCAAGUGAUAUAAUCAUAGAUUAUUAUUAA